CCCACUCGAAAAAAACCCUUCUUCUUGUUCCAAAUUAUAGGCAGCAGCUGGGCAGCGAGCGAGUGAGCCAGUCGGCCUGCCCUAACCUUUGCUUUCCCUUCCAAUUCGAUCAGUCAGACACAAGCUUUUACUUCAUCCUCAGUUCAGCAUUUAGUGGACACUGUGAAUGUGUUGGUAGUCUCGAUAGAUAGCGCUGAUGAACAAGUUUUUGGAUCACUGAAGGCUUUCAUUUUGGUAGUCAAUCGAAUGGCAGUGUGCAUCUCCCGGAGGAUUCUACGCUCUUGUUGCUCCUUGCCCUCUCUCACUUGCAACUCAUUUCGACCUUCUAAUGGUUUUUGUGGCCAUUUAGAUUUAUUUUCUGCACAAUCUUCUAGCUUUCUAAAGAGAGGGGCGGCUUCCCUAGUUUACAGGAGGUUCUCAACGUCUGUCGACACUCUUGGGUCAACUGAUGGUUCAUUUCCUUCUGAAUUGCUGUCCGCAAAAGCUGCUCUUACACCAGAGACACCACAGCGUAAGAUAGGAUUCUGUGAGGACCUGGUGAUGCCAGUGACAAAUUUUCUUAAUGAAGACAAGGGUUUCAUGGUUUUGGCUGGCGAUGUUUUUGAUGUGCCUAUUAAGAAGCAUGUUGUGCAUCGUGUUGUGCGAUGGCAACUUGCAAAACGACAACAGGGUACGCAUUCUACUAAAACACUCAGUGAGGUUAGUGGGACUGGUAAAAAGCCGUAUCGACAGAAGGGUACUGGUCGAGCAAGGCAUGGGACACUGCGUGGACCACAGUUUAGAGGUGGUUGUGUAAUGCAUGGCCCUAAGCCAAGAAGUCAUGCCCUUAAAUGUAACAAGAAGGUUAGGCGCCUAGGGUUAAUGGUUGCUUUGACAGCUCGUGCAGCAGAAGGAAAGCUUCUGGUUUUUGAUGAUUUGGAAAUUCCUACUCACAAAACGAAGAAUAUUGUGAACUAUAUGGAGCAAAUGGAAGACACCAAAAAGCUGCUGUUGGUUGAUGGCGGCCCUAUAAAUGAAAAGCUGAAAUUGGCAACACAAAAUCUACAUUACGUCAAUGUGCUGCCUUCAAUAGGUCUGAAUGUGUAUAGCAUCUUGCUACAUGAUACACUGGUGAUGUCUCGUGAUGCUGUGAACAAGAUUGUGGAACGAAUGCACACUCCAAUUAAGCGAUGAAGUUGCAUCUUUGCUUGUGCUUUUAUAUGCCAGUCAGAAACAACCAGAAUAACAUGAAGCUUUUUGUGGUCAGAAAACGCAGCCGGAUUCCCCAUUUUCUUGCACUAGUUCUAGGAAGUUUUGUAGUGAGGACUUGGCGAAAGGUCUAGGCCUAUCCUGACACAUAUUUGGCAAUGGUGUUUCCCAGAGAAAAAUAGAAAUGAUAACUACUUUCACAUGGUCA